AUGUCAUGCGGCUGCGGGGGUAACGACAGCGACUCGACCAUCCUCUGCAUCCCCUGCGGGAACCAGGGUUGUUGCUGCCAACCUGGCUGCUGCUGCCAGCCUUGCUGCUGCUGCCAGUCCCGCUGCCAGCCCCUCCCCUUCCUUUCCACCAUGCUUGCCAGCUAUGGUCGUUCCCGCCGCAACCGCAACCGCACAUCGGUCAUCUGCAUCCCCUCCGGGAACCACUGCUGUUGCUGCCACCCUUGCUGCUGCUGCCAACCUUGCUGCUGCCAACCUUGUUGCUGCCAACCUUGCUGCUGCCGACCUUGCUGCUGCCAACCUUGCUGCGGCAUGAGGCAAUCCACCAGCAGUGACCCCAUUAAAUCCUCUGGCUCAUCCCAGCAAUCCACCAGUAGUGAUCCCAUGAAAUCCUCUGGCCCAUCUCAGCAAUCCACCAGCAGUGACCCUAUGCAAUCCUCUGGCCCAUUUCAGCAAUCCACCAGCAGUGACCCCAUUAAAUCCUCUGGCCCAUCCCAGCAAUCAACCUGCGGGGCCCCUAUGCAAUCCUCUGGCCCAUCCCAGCAAUCCACCAGCAGUGACCCCAUUAAAUCCUCUGGCUCAUCCCAGCAAUCCACCAGUAGUGAUCCCAUGAAAUCCUCUGGCCCAUCUCAGCAAUCCACCAGCAGUGACCCCAUGAAAUCCUCUGGCCCAUCCCAGCAAUCAACCUGCGGGGCCCCUAUGCAAUCCUCUGGCUCAUCCCAGCAAUCCUCCAGCAGUGACCCCAUGAAGUCCUCUGGCCCAUCUCAGCAAUCCACCAGCAGUGAUCCCACAAAACCCUCUGGCCCAUCCCAGCAAUCCACCAGCAGUGACCCCAUGAAAUCCUCUGGCCCAUCCCAGCAAUCCACCAGUAGUGAUCCCAUGAAAUCCUCUGGCUGGCCCUAG